AUGUCAGCCACCAUGGCCUCGGGGCACCCAUUGCCUCUCACGGCCCAUUCACACCCUGAUAAUCCUGUUCCCGAAGAACCUAUGACUUCGAGAAAACUCUCAAUCUCCGCAUCGCAGCUUUCAACCGUUCCCUCCAGUUCCUACUCCGACAGUGCCUCGAGCGUAGACACAGAACCCACAACGCCCACCACCGAGAACCUUUCAGAUGUGCCCUUCGAUGAUUUGAACGGCCAACCCAGUCAAAAUCCGCAGGGCAAGAAGAGACGGGCUUCAACGCUAUUGGUCUCUCAAGAUUCUGAAGAUGCGCGGCUGUUUCUGGGUGAGAGGGGUGCUUCUACCGCCAUGAUUCAGAAGGCAUGCUGUGGCGGAGGUUGCUGCAUGCUGCAAGAGCUGAGAACAAAGAGACCCCGCCCAGGUCAGACCCCUCUCAAGAUCCCUCAAAACCCAGCCUACCAGAGCUUGAAGAUCAACCUGGGCCAUCUGAGCUUGGACAGCGAACUCUCGGGCAUCGUCGAGGUACCUCCCAAAACAGUGUCGUUCGAGUCCUUGUCGAGUUCGCCCUCCCGGACCUAUGCAGAGCCCCAAAGACAGCAAAAGCCAGAAGUUCUGAAGCAUCCUCCCAAUUUCGUCACUCCGCACCCGCCUUAUGAGGUAUUUUCAGCACCUCUCUUUCACGCCCGCGAGUUGACGAAGCCUGGUGCGGAGAAAAGGACAUACCACUUCGACAUUGACGUGACUGAUUAUCCCAAGGAAAGUGGAGAUGUUGAUUUCGUCGUAGGAGGUGCCAUCGGCGUGUGCGCCCCCAACCCGCCAGAUAUGGUUGACCAGAUCUUUGAUCUGCUGGGCGUCCCAAGUUUUGUGCGCGACAAGCCGAUACUACUGAAGACGACCACGGGACGGUGGCCCACGAUCUGGGGAGAAGAGGAGGCCCGAGAAUUGGUCACCACCCGAAGAGAGCUUCUAACAUGGUGUUCAGACAUUCAGAGCUAUCCUCCCACCAAAGGGCUCUUCCGGCUCUUAGCCGAGCACGCAGAAGACGAAAACGAAAAGAUCAUUCUGAUGUACUUGUCUUCAGCUCAAGGCCAGGCAGCGUUUUGCGACCUCCGGACAGGCCCUUACAUCACUCUUCCACAACUUCUCAGCUCUUUCCCCUCCUCCAGACCUCCCCUCGAUCAUAUCCUGUCUGUCCUCAACCAGCUCAUGCCUCGAUUCUACUCCUUGUCUCAGGAUCCAACCAUAUCUUGCCAGCGGGACGGUACCCAAUGUCGGCGUUUGAUCGAAAUUGCGGUGACGGUCCACGAAGCGGAUGACUACGCUACUGGCAAGCGAACGGGCGUCGGAUCGGGAUUUUUGGAGAGACUGGCCAAGCAGGUCAUCCAGGCUGAGCAGGAGGGGAAAAACCCUCGUGAUUUGGAUUUGCGAGUCCCCAUGUUCCGGGGCCUUAUGGCCAACCCUCUGGCCCGUGAAUUUGUCACCGAUGGACCUAUGCUUCUGAUUGGAGCUGGGGUCGGCAUCGCUCCGUUCCGAGGAUUUGUCCACCGUCGAUUGAAGUCAGCCAAUUGCGCAAAUAAAGUCUGGGUGCUCCAGGGAGUGCGGGACAGUCUUUUGGACGAGCUUUACUCUGGUGACUGGGGCGUGCAUGAAGACAAAGUCAAGAAAGUGGUUCAAUCCCGACGAGGGCAGGGGCGUUACGUCCAAGAAGAAGUCCGCGCCCAGGCAGACCUGGUCUGGUUUAUCAUCAACGCCGUGGACGGAAGGAUUUUUGUCUGUGGCAGUUCCAAGGGCAUGGGUGAAGGUGUGGAGGCCGCGCUGAUAGAUGUGGCGAUGGCCAAGGGCAAGUUGAACCGCGAUGAGGCACAGAGCUUUUGGGAUGAGAAGAAGAGCUCGGGCCAGUAUAUCGCGGAGACUUGGUGA